GUUUGUAACAAAGAUUAAUGGAAGAGCACAUCUUAUCUACUGUGUGAUGAUGAAUGUGUUUAAAGUAUGAGCUGGCCUAGAUGGAAAGGAUUCCGUUCACUGUACGUUAAACAAUGAGAUAACUGGAGAUGGACGCGUGCACACUCUUGUUAGGCGCCCUGACCGUGAUUCUCUAUUUAUGGUACCACAGACGUACAAUUCGUCGACUGGAGGAAGGCGGCAUACCGAUGAUACAAACACUUCCUGUUAUCGGCAGUAUACACAACAUCGUGGGAAAAGGCUUAAUUCAAUCCGAGAGUGCAUGGCUAAAGCGUUAUGGGCAUGUUGUGGGGUGGUACAACGGUUUUAUGUUGAACAUUGUUAUAGACGACAGAACCAUGAUCAACGAAGUAUUGGUGAAAAAAUUCAACAUAUUCUCCAACAGAUGGGUACCUGACAUAUUUCCCGAACCACUAGAUAAAGGAGUUUCUUUUCUCUGGGACAAGGAAUGGAAAAGGGUCCGAUUGCUGCUGCCAUCUGUGUUCAAAACAUCCAAGAUCAGAAAGAUGACUUCGAAUGUUAACAGAUAUGCAGUCAAUAUUACCCAGGAAUUCGAGGCUGCCGCAAAAAGUAACUCAACCAUUACGCCUAAAUCGUUCUUUUGCACAUACGCCCUUCACGUUAUUUGUGCAUGUGCGUUUGGUGUGGAUUUGGAUGACGAUAAGGAGAAAAGAGAAGAAUUUUACAAAAAUCUGCAAGGCCUAUUCAAUAACAAAUUCAAUGCGUGCCUUAUACUUGCAGUGACCAUUCCCCAUGCAGACAAACUCCUAAAACGGUUUGAUGUCAGUCCAUUUCCAAGGAAAACUGUUAAAUUUGUCAUUGAUAAAGUAACAAAAUUGAUAAACAAGCGACGGACGAAUCCGGAAUUGCGAAGGGAUGACUUCUUACAAUUGUUGACGGAUGCCAGCUCUGGACAAAGUGGAAGCAAAAAUGAGCUUUCAACGGAAGAAGCAAAUGCUCAAGCGUUUUCUUUUAUGAUUGGUUCUUACGAAACCUCAUCUGCUUGCCUGCAGUUCAUAACAUAUGAACUUGCACUGAAUCAGCAGGUGCAAGAAAAAUUGAAGAGAGAAAUCAGAAACGUUAUAGGGGAGGAUGAGCCGACCUAUGAACACCUGCAAGACUUAAAAUACACCGACUAUGUAAUCAAAGAAGCACUAAGGAAGUAUCCCCCUCUCGCAAGAAUGAGUCGGUACUGCAGUGAGUCUACAACAAUCCAGGGUGUUCAAAUCCCAAAAGGGUCAUCAGUAGUAAUACCCAUCUAUCACAUUCACCAUGAGCCUAGGUUCUACCCCGACCCUGAAGAGUUUCGUCCUGAAAGAUUUAAUCCUGACAGCGAAUGUAAUGCUGAUCCUGUGAUGUUUCUGCCUUUUGGAGGAGGUCCACGAAUGUGCGUUGGUGUUAGAUUUGGUAUGAUGCAAAUAAAGCUUGUUCUCAUUUACCUCAUGAGAAAAGUCCGUUUUGUCCCAUGUAUAGAAACAGAGCCUAGUCCACCACAGUUUCUGAAGAGUACUCCAGUGCUGCAAACGGUCAAACCUAUAAAGUUACAGGUCGUCCUUGAACAGUGCUAGGAAAUCAGUAUUUUAUAUCGCCAGCAUUAUCUAGUUGUCCAUAUAAAAACGCUUUAAUUGGCGCAUCUGUCUGUGGACGCACCUGUCUGUUAAUCUUGAUUUCGGUGACAAGUGUCAAAAAUGCCCGCCCUUUUCUUAAGGAUCUGCUCUUCUGGGGUUUCAGUCACAUUGAAAUCUCGUUUCGAUCUUGAAUAAAAAGUAUUUGCAAUACAUAUAUAUGUAUGUAACAAACAUCUGGCAAUUUUCUCUCAAUGUUAUAUCCGAAGAAGGUUUCAAAAUUUCUGACUUGUUAGGUAAGUAGAUUUGGUUUUAGAAGAAUUAAAAAAGAAAUUGCCCAUUUAGCGGCCAUUUUGACAAUGUAUUUUCUUGCAUUUUGUGCAAGGCUCACAUUUCGUAUUUUUUUACUUAACUAUUUUCACUUAAACCAUCAUUGCGCUGGCAAUUUUGAAUGUUUCUUAUUCAUUUUUAUAUAUGUUUUAGAAAGAGCUACUUUUUCCUAUAUGGUCUGCAAAAUACCUUAAAAAUUAGUCAGCAGAACUUGUUAUAUUAAAUGUUAUAUCUAGCAAAAAUGGUAAAAAAAUGGAUAUUUUUAUACUUCAAAAUUUAGGGGUAUGGAUUACAUAAAUGGGCUAGGUCAAUAUAACUUCUAUAUUCAAAAAGAAUAUUCAAGGUUUGUAAAUUUUAAAAACCUUCAUACAUAUCCGAUACCCCACUUUUAAAAUAUUGCUUUGUUGUAUGUAUGGUCAAACAGCAUAAUUCACGCAAAUUCAAAUAUCAUGUCAAAUUCUAAUCUUUGAUCUCCCCUUUAAAAUGAGGUUUAUCAUUUAAAACAUUAGUCAUAAGAAAAUUUCGACUUUUCAUCAGAGUAACUUAAACUAUUACUUCAUCAUACACUAAAUGUAUGUAUCUAGGAAGAUAUAGAAAUAAGUCGCCGAGAUAAAAAAAAUAAAUAAAGGUCGUGAUGUGUUGCGACGUUGGUAUAUGUAACUACGGCUGUCGAGGUGACUAAGAUAAUAUAGUUCCUGUGAAUCUACAAAAUCAAAUCAACAAAAUUAAAAGAAACAACUCUACAUUUUUGUUUAAAGCAUUUCACGUUUUCAACUUAUUAAUAUAUUUACAAUCCACAAUUUCCGUCUCGCAUUAACUAUGAUUGUCAAGCACAGCGGGUAUAGACACGGAUAUAGUGGUGACGUAGUCGAUUGUUCUAUAGGAACUGUACGCUUCAGACAUCUGUUGUUAGCUUACCUCGUGGACAAGUUAAAUAUCAACUUAUUUUCCGCAAUUUACCGUUUAGUUUUUGAAAAAAAACUUUUUUGGCGUUAGAUUUUUGUACAGAGAUCAUCGUGUAACAGGAGAAAACGCUAAAAUUGCGUAGACCAGUCUUUUGAAAAUGGCGCCGUCUAGUUGACGUUCUUGUAAAGUCACAGAGAGACGACGCCAUGAUUAUGUUACCGAUUUCCGCGCUUAUUAAUCCGCUGAGCCUUUUUUUCACUGCUUUACGCUAAUUUUAACGCAGUCAGAGUUUGCUAAGCUGAAGAAGGGAGAUAUGUAAACAUAUGGUAUUCCACGUCGGUCAACAGUAUACAGUUGUUUCGUGCCUUAUCAGUCAACAGUUAAAACUCUUCUCAACAAAAAAGAUUUACAUUUACAUAUCUUUAUAUAGAGACAAGUAGUAAAUCAUUCUAUAUCAUAAUAUAUCAUUUUUGAUAUCUGAUGGAUUCGUUUUGUCACGAGUUUUUUUCCUCUGGUGUAUUGAUAAUUGCUCAUUUUCCUGUGGUAUUAACCACAAGCAGUAGUAUGAUUUAUGUAGACAUUUUUUGCGUGUAUGUUGUAUAAAUAUUUCAUGGUUAUGUUAUAUUAUGGCAAUCCUUGAUAUUUUUGUGUUAUGAUAUUAUGAAAACAGUAUUGUAUUGGGUACGAUACCAGUACGUGUACGACGUAAGUUCGCAUCUUAAAUGUUCAUCAACAUAUAAUAUAUGCAUAAUCUGUAUGAUUAGACAUUCAUAUGACAAAGGAAGACAAUUUGUGUCAAUGGUGCACUUUUCAGUCCCCGAAAUCACGAGUUACGGCACCAUAUUAUUUAUCCGGAUAUUUUGAAACAUAUUACCACUACAUCUAGUCGAUACCCCCUAAAAUGAUGCUUCAAUGUUGUAGUUGUAAGCAGUGUCUAGUGUCCUGAUUUAGUGGCACGUUUAUCAGGGAACAACCAACCAAUUGAAAA